AAACUCGCAAUUAAAAUUACGCGGUACGUGACGGGGUAUUUUAUUUCGCAACUCGACUGCAUGUUAUUUAAGCGCCCGUUUGCGCACUCCUACAACGGCCUCAUCAUCACACAAUCGCCUUAACUCUUAGCAUAAUGAAGCUUCAAGCAAUUCUACUUACAACGCCUGUUUGGCUUACCCGAGGCUGGACCUUGACCCCGCGAUCAGGCUUAUGCAUCUCCGAACCACUCAUGGCACUGGAUGCCGGGUUCUCAAAAGUCUCAGCCAGUAUCAAUGACGAUCAGAGCCAUCGCUGUGAAGCAUCCCUUGAAUUCUCGAACUCCGACUUCCUGUCACUUUCGUAUUCCUUUCAACCACUCAAUUGCUCCGCUUCCCAAGUGAUGACCUUCAUGUUGCCACCCGAAGUUCCCAACGGAGAGGCCUUUGUCACGUGGCAUUGCUCCGGGCUGACUCCACUCUGUUAUCACGCAAACAUAUCUGGAGGCUUGGAGCAACCUGAAAUGCAACUGCAGCGUACAGGGAUCGUAGGAUGUGUCACAGAGGUGGUACAAACUAGUACCGGCGUCUUCACGACGACAGCCUCGUCCGGCGUAUCCACUGAGUCUGUUGUAACAAUAUUUACAACCACGCAGACCCACUAUGUCACACAAGCUGCAGGUCCCCUAGCGCCAACAACAGUAACUCAGACAGUCGUCGGGACGCCCACCGGAACUCAGAGGGAUCUGAGUACGGAGGUGAUGAUUGAUACUACUGGAGGUACAAGUACUGUUUCGGGAAAAUUUGGGGCGGCUGCGGCAACCACCAUGGGAACGACGACAAGCGCGACACUUGUCCCAAGCAUAGAUGCAACCAGACCGUCUUCCUUACCAGUACAAGUAUCGACCACACUAUUGCCUUCGACAAGGUAACGACCAGCGAAGUCGCUAUGUUGCCGACCUCGACAAUUGACGCCGGCGCUUCCGAGACGAUACCGCUUCAAUCCACGGGAUCAUCAACCGGAACAGUGGUUGC